AUGGUUCGACCUAAUGCAUUCCAAACGUCUGUAAGUGACUGACAACGGUAGAGACAUCUGGACGACGAAAAAAAACCCGCUGUUAAUAUAACUACUAGUUAUUAUAGUUUUACCUAGUUUUUAUAGUUGAUAAUAGAAAAAAUAAUAAUAGAGUAAUCAGAUAAAAUGUAUAUAGAUGGAGAUGAGCUAUGGGCAUAAUGGGUAGUAUAUUAUACAGAUUUAUCUAUUCUUUUAAGGGAGGGGAUUUUUAUAAUGGAGGACCUAAAUUUUAAAAUGUAUUUUUUUUGGGAUUUUUAUAUCUGGUCACCAUAGGUAUUUAUAAAAUAUUUUUAUGUAUCUUACUUUCCUGACUUCACACCUAUAACAGUGGUACAUGGUACACCCGUCCUCAGUAUUAGCUUCUUUUUUUAUCUACGCUUGUUUGAUUUUAUACUACUAAAAUAUAUUUAUUAUUGUUUUAUAUGAAAACUAAAAAGUAAUUCGUAAGUUAGUACCGCUGCUGCCGUAGGUUGUAGGUACUUACUAUAAUGUUAUGUUUCCAAGACAUUAAAUAAAUAGGUUACCUACUAAAUCUACCUAUUAUAUUAAUAUAGCUUUUUUCUUGAACAUUUAUCAAUUUUCUAUACGUAAAGAUUGUACAAUCUUAAACAAAAAAAAACAUUUAUUCAUUAUAUAUCCUAACCUAACCUACCUAUAUUAUAAUACAUAAAGAGAUCCGCGGUGAAAAUUAUGGACAUCAUACCACGAAACGGUUAUAAUAGAAAUGAAAUGUUCAAAAUUAUUUUAUUCGUUUGCGGAUUAUUCGGAUUAGUAAACGAUUUCUAAACAUAUAUAUUAUAUACCUAUAGAGAUAUUUAAUAAUUUAACAAUCAUUGAUUACUAUUAUAAUUUAUAAUUCCGUUUUAGAUACUAACAUGUUCCGAAGUCGAGUCAUAUGAUAUGUUUCAAGAACUCUAUUCAAAAGCGAACGACAUGAAUUUGGAUUUUGUCGAAAACAUCCCAGUACAAUACAUUUAUAAAUCAAGUAAGUAUAUCUAUCUGGUACCACCACAAAUAAACAAAUUAUCGAUUUAGUUUUAUAAAAAUGUAUCAUUAUUAUUAUUAAUACGAAUUUAUGUGUUAUAAUUUUUAUUAUAUCUAUAGUAACAAUGUUUGUGAUUUGGAUGAGAAAACAUACGUGGUAUUUGUAUAUUAUAGCUUAUAUAUUGUUGUUGUAUAGUAUCGUUUUAGUAAGUACCUAUAUACUAAAAUCUUAUAUAAUAUUAUAUAAUGAGGCAGGGGCGUGUCUAGAGGUUUUGGAGGUUUAAACCACCCCAAAUUGACUCUUAAUUUUUUAAGUUUAUUUUUUUUUUUUAUAAAAUAAUAAACAUAUAUGAUGAUACAUUUUAUCCAAAUAUCAAAAAAAAAUGCUUGAAAUCUUAAUUACUCUUUCAAUAUCAACUACGAUAGUAGAACUACCUUUUUCAAGUUUACGUCGCAUAAAAACAUACUUGAGAUUAACUACCGGUGAAAACCUACCUACAGGAUUAGCUUUUCUAGUUUCUAGUUUUCCUAGCAAAUUUAAAAAUCAGGGAUAAAACAUGGGAAAACAGGGAAGAAGUUGGAAAACUGGGAAAAUCGGUACAACAUUAAAUAAAUAUUAUUAAAGAAAAUAUAUAAAACCUAUUUAAUUAUUUUUUUUUUUACUAUAAAAUGACAUAUAUAUUAUAUUUGUUGACAAAGCAUCACUAUCAACUGAACUCGUUGCUUUUACAGGUAUACAUUAAAUUAUUUAUAACAGUGACGUGACUGCACCCGUUCCCAUUAUCCUAGGACGUCUUUUUUAUACAUAAUACAUAAGCAGGCACUAGUAUAAGCUAUGGAGAAUAUUGUGUAAAAAUAUUAGUUUCUAAAAUUUUUUUUUUAUUAUUAUUAUUUUUUACACUUUACACGUGAUAAUUUAAUUAUUUACAGUUAUAACUUUAUAAGGUUAACUCUUUAGAAUUUAUUUAUAAUAUUUAACAGUAAUAUAAACUGUAAUAUUUUUCUAUUAUUGUUUUUUUUGUGUACGCUCAUACAGUUUUUAUCUACCUAUUUUAAUUAUGUAGUUGUAAAUGUAAUAAUAUAACGUUAGAAAAUUAAAACCACCCCCAAACCAAUGCCUGGGCAUGCCCCUGUUAUUAGUGUAUAUUCAUUGGUGAAUCACAAUUUGCUUUAUGAAAUUUAUUUUUAUUAGGGCUAGAUCUAUACCGAUAAUCGAUAUAAGUACUAUCGGUAUAUCGAGUAUAUAUACCUGAUUUUGUUCGUACAUUGUUUUGGUUUUUUAGUAAAACCGAAACAAUGUAUAAUACAAAUCGCACAUCAGUUUGUAGACAAUGAUGGUGGUUAUAGCGAUAAAUCUAUUGCAUAAAUAAUAACCUCCUAGUUUACAACUAUGAUGGGUCCUAUUUGAGCCUUGGGGCCCCGAUGUUAGGCGUCGCCAUCCAUCCCGGUUAUUGCGCCACUGCCCUCACUAUUCAUGUUUUUAGAAUGUUUUGAAAAUUUAUUAAAAUUUAUUCAAAAAUGAAUUUUGUUUUUUAAUUUAGCAUGUGACACCUCUCCCCCUUUAAAAAAAUUAAGGUUGCGCCACUGAUCUAAAUAAAUGCCUAGUUAAAGAAUAAUAUGGCAUAGGUAAUGUAUUUUAUUUUUCAGAAUUCCAAAAAGUUUUUUUUAUUAUGGUUAAUUGUAUCUGCUUGGAGGUCGUCGAUCAUCAAUAUUAUCGUUAUGUUAACGGGAUUGUGGUUUGGACUCGUUACCGGAGCCAGUAAAAUGGUCAUAUUGGAUUUUUUUUUAUGCAAAAUAUUUCAAAUUGGUUAGUAUAAUAGAUAUAGGGUAUGUUAUGUACUCAUAUGUACCUAUUAUAAGUUUUAUCGAUUUAAUAAUUUAUUUUAAUAAAAUACGUAUAUUAAUUGCAGAGAUUUUGGCAAUGGAACGUAUUUAGUUAUAUCUAUCCCUAUGCUUUUUUUCCCUCCAUUUUUUUAUGAGUGAUUCCAGAAAAAGAAAAAACGCAUUAAUCAAUAUUAUUGUUACAUUAAUAUAUAUAUAUAUAUAAGAAAAAAUAAUUUAAAACAAAAGAUGUUUCUUCACAAUUAUUAUCGCUAUAUGGCUUCAGCUUAUUUCAUAUAGGCCUAAUGAUAAAUUCAUUAGAUUCUGCAGAAAAAAAGUAUAUAAUAUAAUAGAUUCAAUAGUAGUACCAAGUGUAUUAUAAUUAAUUUACAAUAUACACGUAUUCAGGGCCUUAUUUAGUGUUUUGGCAUCCUUGGGCUACAACUAUUUCCAUGCCUCCUUCACAUUUUCUCCACAUUGACUCGUAAAAAAAAAAAAAAAAUGUCUGACUGUGUAUUUAACUCUAUUAUUUUUACAAAUGGUAGUACUUACUUUAUGCUGUAACUUAAAAGUUACUAAACUUACUAAGCAGUGUUCCGUAAUAAUAUUUUGUAAUAAAAAAUUGGUUUUUAUAAACACAAACAUAAUAUUAUUUAUAAUAACUCUAUCGUUUUCGUAAGCAAAAGGAAAUUGUUCUCCAUGAUUGUAUAUUAUUUUGGCACCACCUACCUACUAUUAUUAAUGCUGAGGUGACGUAUUAUUUAUAAAUUAUAACACAACCACCGGUCAACAUUACACAUUUUCACAACGGACGGAUAUCAUAAUCGAUGUAUUUUACUAUGUUUUAUUUAUAAUUGUAAAAGUAGAAUAACAAAUAAAUCGUGAUAAAAUAUAGAACGAGUAUGAAAAAUAAUUUGGAAAUUACUAAAUACAAAAUAAAAAAAGAGCAUCCCUAAAAGUUGCGCUCCGGGUAAUUGGUAACCCAUUGUUAUUGUAUAGCCUAUAGGUACCUCUAUAAUAUGAAAGUAUUUUUUCAAAUAUUGAACGAUCGAUUGAAAAUGUAAUUACAAAAUGUAUAAUAUUAUAUAUAUUUGGAUAUAAUACAUUUAUACCAGUAGAUACGCUGUUGAUUUUUCAUACUGCGAUCUAUAUUUGCAAUUAUUAUCGAGUUCACAGUCACUAUCACAUAUCACAUGACGUAUGUACACAUUAUGUGUACACACUAUUUAUACACAUAAUAUAAAUUAUGUAAUCAAAUAUGUAAUAUGUAUGCAUUGUCAUCUCGAAUACAAUAAAAACGUUUUGAUUGAAAUUAUAAGUAUGUAGAUAUUAUUAUUGAAUUUAUUUGCUUCGUUUCAACUAUCUUAAAAAAAUAAAAAUUAAUAUGGCCGUAAAUUCUUUUAUAUUUAACAAUUUUUUAGAAAAGCAGCUACGUUUUUGAAAAUCUUAUCCAUUUAAGUAUUUCCAUCUACGUUCAAUCUGUAUUUUCGACUUAAUUGCCAAAAUUUAUGUUUUACUAAUGUAAUUUCAUUAUGUUUUCAGUAGUUUUCUUAUCAUUUUUUUUGACUUUUGAGAUUACCUAUAAUAUAAACCUACGUACUAUAAUAUCAUGUACCUUACACGCAGGGUAUUUUUUUUUUAUCUUUUUUAUGGUUUAAAAGCAUAUAGAUAUCAGAUAUCAAUUAUACCAAAACUAAAUUUAAACAUUCAAAUACAUUUAAAAAUAACUUAUCGUAAAUCGUAAAAAAUUGUUUAUUUUUUGGUUAAUUAAUGAAAUAAACACAAUUUGUAAUACAAUUUUAGUGGUAUAAAUAGAUAAUAGUACGCCCUAUGAGAACAUCACUGUAUAUUGUCCGUUAAUCGGACUGAAACACUUAAUGCGGGUAGUCACACUGUGACGUCUUCAUAAGUCUCAUUAGUUUAUUUAUUUUCUUUAUUAUAGGUUUUUCGGCUUCCUUAUGGUACGCCCUGUGGACUAUGUAUCGCACCCCUGUAGAUUCACGUAAUUUAUACGAUAAUCGACUGUCGAGAAAUAGGCGCGCGUCAUUUCAUGGUUUUGGAUUGCACGAUUCACAUUCUCGAGAUUCAGUUCAUUCCGCGUUAACAGUGAUAAGCAAUUCCCUAAGUCACGACGAUUACUUAAACGAACCACCCAAUCGAAGCGAUUACGAAUUUGUGGAUGCCGUUCUGCAGGAAAGUGCUUCGUUAGAUUCGCUCGUCAACAAAAACAUGGUCGAUUGGUUCGUUAAAGAAGCCAACUCGAUAGACGAUGAUGAUUCUUCGUCGUUUUCAUUCGAUUUAGCAGUGCGAGCAGAAAAGUAUUGGAAAUAUUAAUAAUAGUCUUACUUAUUAUAUUACAUAGCAUAUUUGUAUCGUGGCGUAAUAGUUCACUAUGUGGGAACGAGAGGGACCGUGAGCAGUGUUAGGAAAAGAUAAUUAAAAAUUUAUCUAGAUAAAUUUUUUUUUUAAGAUAAAAAAUAAUUAGAUCAAACUUAUUAAGAUAAAAAUAAAACAUUAUUUACCUAGAUAAAAAUAGAUGAAAAUUUCAAACUUUAAUGAUUUACCUAAGUAUAUUUUUUUCAUCAAUUUAUUUAUAUUUUAAAAAUAAAUGUAAAUAAUUAGUAAUUAUACUAUUAUUUGAGUUUAUUUUAUAAAUCGGGUUUUAAAUUGGAAUUCAAACUGAAUAUUAUUGAAUUAAAUAUAUUUCAACUGUAGAAAUGUUGUUUAUAGACAGAUAGAAGAUAAAAUAGAAGAUAAGAAUCUACCCCAAUUUUUACAAAAAUGUAUAACUUAAAGAGGUUUUAACUUAGAGUGACUGUUAUCACAUUUACAUAGAUACAAUUUAUCUAUAUCACCUCUAUUAUAAUUCUAUCCAAAAAACUAAUCAACUAUUAUUGUAAUUCGACCUAUGACAAACAGUUCUGUAUAUGACGUAUACUCGUAAAUACUAUUUAUGGAUCCGAUAAAACCCACUUCAUACCCAAUUUAUAAAAUGUUAAAGGAGGUGUCAAUUAAACUUUAUGCCUGUGAUAAAUCAGAUUACACAAUUUUGGAUAAAAAUAUUGCAGUGAUGAAGGGGGAUGAUUAGUAAAGGGGGUGAUUUUAGGCCUAAAAUAUGAUACUUGUUAUAGGUUCCUGAGAAAGGUUGAAGUAUAUUCCAGUGGUAAGGGGGGGGGGACUCGUUAAUAAACAUCGAAAUGCUUUCCAAUGGUGAGGAGGUUAAAGGUUGGUGAAUUAUCGACCAAAACGGAAGUUCCCAGGAAUGUCAAAAUGUUUCAUGACAUGAGGUCCCUGGUAUGUACUAAUUUUGACCAAAAUGUAUUGUGUAUACAUUAACUAAACUGUACAGGUAUGUAAACUGCAUACGAGUCAAGUCACCGGUAAUACAGCCAGUCUUAGAUAAGAUAGCCAAGUGAAUUAUCUAAAUAAAAUACAAAAUAAUUAACUAUUUAUCUAGAUAAUUCCUAAAACUGACUGUGAGGUACAAUUUUUUUAUAGGAUAACCACUGGCAUAAUUAACAUAUGUACCUGAAUCAUGGCUAAAUAAACAAACAUGUUGGCAAGAUAAUCAUUGCUAACAGCAUCUUAUAAAACUACCCAAUAAAUAAACAUUCGAUAUAAAGCCACGCGACAACAUACAACACUAUCAAACAAUUAUAUAUUUGGGUACAAUCAUUUUACGGUUUAAGUCGAUAUAAACGACUGGACGGUGAUUAGGUCUAGCUUUGUGUCGAGUGGCUUUUUGAUUAUAUAUUAUAUAUUUAUAUUAUGUUGUAUUAUUAUCAUAUUCGUAUCAAACAAUACGGUUGGUACUUGAUAAUAUUUGUACGAGUAUGAUGAUUUUUCGUUGUAUUAUAGUGAUGGUGUUUUGUCGAAUAGUUUUUUGUUGUUCUGACCGAUCACGUGGCUUUAUAUCGAGUGGUUCUUUUUGUCAAUUCUUUGCAUAAAUACUACAGUAAAGGAAACUCGUAUAAUAGAUUUUUAAAAUUGACGCCUGAAGAAAUCGCAAACGCAUCCAAGCUAAAACCAACAGAAGCCAGCCAUCAAAUUCGGCAAAGAUUUAUUAAUUUAAACGCGUUGCCGAGAUUGCCGCAGUUACUGACAGAUAACGGCCGUAACAAUGACGAUUGGACGGACGAAAAAUCGGAAAUCGAAUUGAAAACAGUCAAUAUAGCGACGUGGCAGAAAGAAAGAAAUGCUCAACUAGCUCUUAAUGAAUUGCAGCCAUUAACACCAGAGAUGUUGCUAGGUAUAUUUUAUAAAUAUCAUUAUUAUAAACCCGCUGCAGUAGUCUAA